CGAGGAUAUCUCUUCUUUCUCUCAAAUAACGUAUUGCAUUACAUCAUUUAUUAGUAGUCAUAGUUAUACUAAGUAUAUAGAUAGUAUAAAUUAGUACAAGAAAUAAAGGGAGUAUAUAUAUACACACUUAUACAGUACCAUUAAGCAUGAAAAGCUCUGGUACAUAUAAUUUUCACCUGGUAAUUAUCUUCUUCUUCACAAUACUUGCUGUUGUGAACUCAAGGCCGCCUGCUGCUGCGCCAGCCCCACAGCCAGCCACCGAGCCCGCCGAGAGUCCCGAAGCGUUCAUCGAGCAAUGCUGCAAUGCAACAAAGCUCGUGAACCCCAAAACAUGCUACCAGUUGCUGUCCCCCCACGCCCCAAAUAUCCAUUACGGAAACAUAACAAAGGGCGCCAUUGAGCUGAUUGGGGUGGCCUUAAAUCUCGCCAUGGACGAAACCUCUGCCGUUAAAGUUACAAUCGAGAAGCUUAUUAAGGAUUUCCCGAAGCUGCUGCUGAUAGCUAUCAUAGACUCUCUCAAGAAAUGCGCCCAACUCCUGGGGAGCUCCAUAGACAGGAUAGAACAGUCGGUGGGUAAGUUGCAGCAUCUGAACAUGACUUCAAAGGCGGACUUGCAGUUUCAGAUUGGAACCGUCCUGACGUUGGUGGUGAACGCGGAGACAUUUGAAGCUCAAUGUACGGAUGCAUUAUUAUUCAAUGCAUUGUUUUCUGUUUUCCUCCAGGAAAAUAACGUCACAGCUCCGCUCAAUCAGUCUGUCACUUUGACGCAAACUGCCCUUGCUUUGGUUGCUUAUACGGCUGACCAUUUAAUUUAAACAAUAUUACCUACUAAAAUGAAAAUUUUAAAAUAGGACUGUUAUGUUUUUAUUAUCAAAAUAUGACUAAUUAGUGUCAUAUUUUGGCAGUUGCAGAUUUUAAACAUGACAGUAUUUUUCAAACGUGACAGUAAUUACUCUUAUUUUUGGAAUAAAAACAUGACAGUCAUAUUUUGUAAUUUUCAAACUUUUUUAGUCCUAUUUUGGGAGCUUUCCCUUUAAUUUAGGGUGUUUGAAUCUGAUUUUUAAACUAUUUCUGCUCUUUCGGGGAGCAGAAGCUGAAGUGUUUGGGUGAAAGUGCAGAAGUGAUUUUGAUGAUCUAAUUUAUUCCUAGAAUCAUUUUUUUAGAAGGUGCCAACUUCUGAAAACUGAUUCUGAUUCAACUUCUGCUUUAAAAAAAAAAAGCAGAAAGUAGAAUCACUAAUUCUAUUCCAAACACCCCCUUAAUAAUAUCUUAAAAGUAGAAUCACUAUCAGUUAUCAAGAAUCCACUCCCCAACUUUUAUAACCAUUCAGAAAUACUUUUACACUUCACUCAAACACUUUAAUAUACGUUUCUUAUCCUCGAAGGAGCAGAAACAUACACAAGAAGUUUUGAUUUACAUGCAUGUUAAUUUGUGAUUGAAGGUCGUCUAGCUAAUAAGUUUGUCCCCACGUUAUGAAUUUUGACACCAAUGUGGCAAUGUGCGAUUGGAAGUCGUCAUACGUUACGGUGAAAAUGUCCGAGACAAAGUUAUUAGCUGUAGGAUCUGAUUUGCAAAAUAAGUAAAGUUAUACUCCGUAGUAAGUCACACUGAAUCAAUAACACUCCCAUCCGCACAUCGCGUGGAGUUAACCUAAGCUCGGAGGAAGUUAGGUUACUGUACUUCCCCAAUUUUAGCUUGUUGUACUUUUGUAAUCACCAGUUUUAUGUAAUUAUGAACAUUAUGUUUGUGUGCU